GUCAGCCAUACUGUCGGUCGUUCGUGUUUGAAACAGUAAACAUACUCCACGCUUCCAAAUAAACUAGUAUAAGUACCAAAUUACUCUAUAAGUAAAAGUAAUAUAAGGUGAACAUGAGGCUUAAACUACUGAUAAUAUUUCUGAUAUCAGUCAUACGAGAGAAUUUAGCAAUAUGGUGUUAUCAGUGCACAGCAGCUACACCUGGAUGCACUGAACCAUUCAAUUGGCGUGGUGUUGGCUACCUUGGUAAUCCUUGCCCUGACCGAGAUGAUGUUUGUAUUAAACUUAUUGAAGUAAAAGGAGCACAACGAGUAAUUACAAGAGACUGCUUGAGUAAUUUUAAAGCAUUCCGAACUGAUAUUCCUGCAGACACAUAUGAAGGUUGCAGGCCUGCUGCUAAAGAUGUAAAUCUUGCUAACUAUGUUAAUAACACUAUCAAAGAGUUGGACAUUAAAAGGGAUUGGUAUGAUGAAACAAUUUGGUGUUUUUGUUUUCUGGACCACAGAUGUAACAGUGCCUCCGCAUCGCGUACAUCAAUGGCGUUACUAAUCUGUAUGACCUUGGUUUUAUUCACAAAAUCACUAUUGUUCUGACAAAUGUUAGUGCAAAUUUUAUCAUGAGUAUAUUUAGUGCUGAUCAAUAGUCCUAACGUUAGCAUAACAGAUCACAUAGUUCACACAUUCAUAUAACACAGUAUAUAUUAAAUCAAGUAUAACAAUUUAAAAAUGGACUUUGUUAAAUUGAGUCAUAAUAUUAUUUUAUUAAAUAAGUCAUAAUAUUAUUUUAUUAAAUAAGUAUAAGUAUAUAUAUAUCUAUAAGUAAAUGGUUGUAAAAAUGUAAGGUCCUUGUGCAUGUUGCAUAUAUUCUUAAUAUGAAGUGGAAAUUUGUAAUAUAUAUAUAGGAACUAAAAGACAGACUAAAAAGCAUUGUUUAAAGAGUACCUAACUUAUUUAUUAUAUUGAUCAAUUGUGCAUUUACAAUGCUAUACUGGUAUAUUUGAUGAAAAAUGCUUAAAAAAUCCACCAGUCAAUGGUAAUUCGAGAUACCCGACCAGUAAAAACAUUAAUUGUAAUUCUAUUGAUAUAGUUUUUUUUAAGUGUAUUAGUAUAAGUGUAAACUCAAUUCCAAUAAUGUUGUUGAGGUGGUCCAUCACGUUUAAGUGGACACCAAAAGAUGGCGCUUGUGAACUAUUUGGUGUUGUAACCAGCAGAGGGACCACCUAACUUUCUAGCCAUAGGAUACGAUAUGUUAGUGAUGUUAUGGCCAUGGCCAUAUUUCAUGAAAACAAGUGAUUAAAAAUUAUGGAUAUGGAUUUGUCAGCGAUGUUUUCAGCUUAGUCAUUUAUCUCAGAUUUAUCCACCGAAAGGUGUCAAAGUGGUAAAAGUAAAUGAAAUUCUCUAUUAUGUCGUAUCCUAUGGCUAAAGAGUAAGGUGGACGCACCACUUAUUAGUUAGAAUAACGCCGCAUUAAUUAUUAGUAAAUACAAUUCCGUCCAUUAUGAAAUGUGAUAGCUUUAUAUACCUACUUGAAAUUGUUAUUCAAUUGUUUAUUUCUAUUGAGAAACGAAGAAUGGAUUGUCGUUUUGAUUUUCUAUACAAUGUUAAGAUUAAAAUAAUUGAGGUGUAUUAUUUGAUAUAGUAUUUUACUUAAAAUAAUAUUGAAUGUGCGCAUCACAAUACAGCAAUGACAAUAUAAAUAAACGUGUAUUUUAUUUCAAACAUUUAUUAAAAGUAUCUAUUUGGUAUUUAGAACUUUUACCUAAAUAGUAGGACGAAUAAUGCCACGACUCGGUUUCAAAACUAUAGCAUUUUUUUCAGUUAGUUAAUGCACAAUAUAGGUACAUUACCAAGUACGUGCCAAGUUCAAAUUAAUUAUAUUUUUAGUAUGAUUUUUUCACAUUAUCUAGAACGCGUUAUGAUUUUAAAGACAAGCACGCAGUGCCUCUAGCGGUAACUAGGUAUAAAGAAUAGCAAAUUUCC